CUCCUCCUCCAGGCUGUGAGUGACAGGCACCGCCUCCUCCCCGCAGCCAGUGAGUGACAGGCACCGCCCCCGGCUGUGAGUGACAGGCACCACCUCCUCCCCCCGGGCAGUGAUUCGUAGUCUGCGCCUCCUCCUCCUGGCUGUGACAGUCGCCGCCCCCUAGCCAGUGAGUGACAGGCACCGCUCCCUCGCUGUGAGUGACAGGCACCGCCCCCCGGCUGUGAGUGACAGGCGCCGCCUCCUCCCCCGGCCAGUGAUUGGCAGUGUCUGCCCCCUCCCCCAGACAGUGAUUGUCAGUUGCUACCCCCUCCCCCGGCCAGUGAGUGACAGACACUGCCUCUUCCCGGGGGCCAGUGAGUGACAGGUACCGCCCCCUGGCUGUGAGUGACAGGCGCAGCCCCCCUCCCGUGAUUGGCAGUCUGUUCCUCCUCCUCCAGGCUGUGAGUGACACAGGUGCAGUCUCCUCCCCCGGCCAGUGAGUGACAGGAACCGCCCCCAGGCCGUGAGUGACAGGCGCCACCUCCUCCCGGGGGCGUGGUCCCGCAGACAGCGCUGCUUGCUCGGAGAGUCGGUCGGACACGGCGGCGGGUCCGGGGCAGCUGCUGCCGGGUCCUGGCCGAUGGCGGUGCCGCACCCCAGUAAAAGCGCCCGGUGGCUGCGGGCGGAGCUGGAGGCCGGGGCUGGCGGGCUGCUGCUGCUGGACUGCCGGCCACACGAGCGCUUCCAGGCGGCGCACAUCGACUCGGCCGUCAGCGUCACCGUCCCCAGCCUGAUGCUGCGCCGCCUGCGCCGGGGGAACCUGUCCGUCCGCUCCCUCAUCGCCAGCGACACGGAGCGCUUCUCCCGCCGCGCCCAGGCCGACACCGUGCUGCUCUACGACGACGCCACGCUGGACUGGCCGGACAACAGCCCCGCCGGCUCCGUGCUCGGCCUGCUGCUCCACAAGCUGCGGGAGGACGGCUGCCGGGCCUUCUACCUGCGAGGUGGAUACAGCAAGUUCCAGCGGGAAUACCCUGAGCAUUGUGAGGUUGGCCUUGAGAUCCCCUCUCCCAGCGACCCACCCCCAGAAUGUGUCCUGGGACUGGGGGGGCUUAGAAUAAGUUCGGAAUGUUCCGAUGGGGAGUCUGACCGGGAGCCCAACAGUGCGACGGAAUCAGAAGGCAGCCCCGCGCUCUCCAACCAAUCAACCUUCCCCGUACAGAUACUUCCAUAUUUGUACCUCGGCUGCGCAAAAGAUUCAACCAACCUUGAUAUAUUGGGGAAAUACAAUAUAAAAUACAUCUUGAAUGUGACUCCUAACUUGCCAAACACGUUUGAACACAAUGGAGAAUUUAAAUACAAGCAGAUUCCGAUCUCGGAUCACUGGAGUCAAAAUCUGUCGCAAUUCUUCCCUGAAGCCAUAUCCUUUAUUGACGAGGCUCGCACCAACAAAUGCGGCAUCUUGGUCCACUGCUUGGCAGGGAUUAGCCGUUCCGUCACAGUCACCGUGGCGUACCUCAUGCAGAAACUCAACCUUUCCCUGAACGACGCCUACGAUUUCGUCAAACGGAAAAAGUCAAAUAUCUCUCCAAACUUCAACUUCAUGGGGCAGCUGCUAGACUUUGAAAGGACCCUGGGAUUGAAAAGUCCCUGUGAUAUUCGGUCGCCGACCAACCAGCUGUACUUUACUACGCCAACCAAUAACAAUCUCUUCCAGCUGGACAGCCUGGAGCUGACAUGAAGCUGCUUUCCGGGUACAAGUGUUUGGAAGAUGAGUGACGCACAGCGAUGAAUGAAGUGUCUGUCUGAUGAGUCUCUUGUAUGUUAAUACAAAACUUGUGAUUUGUAAGUACUUUUCCAAAAGAAAAUGGAUCAAAUAACUGUUUCUAAUGAUGAUCUUGCACUUAACAAUCGUUUGUUACAUCAGCAUUUUUCCUCGCGGCAUUCACGCCCCAAAAUAACCUUUUUAUUUUUAUUAUUUUUUUUGCUUACAAUUUUUUUUACAGUCAGCAGUCGCUGCUGACGUUACUGCGAAUUAUAACAACGCAGGCCCUGACGUGGAAUGUGUGUAUUAAACAGUUCCACUGAAUAGUGCUUUAAGAAUACAGGACAGAACUUUAUAGAGGUGGAAAUUAUAUAGAUACCGGUCUAUAUAUAGAUGUCUCUUACUCGGCUAAUAUUUGGCUGAUCAGAAUUGGUAAUCUUGAUAAAAGAUCCCCUCCCCCCAACAAUUAUCUUCUAACCACUUAUUUGCAUAACAAAAUAUUUUUUUUUUUUAACUUCUAAGCCAAAUGUUUAUAUUGACCAAAUGCUAUAUGCACAGUCUACAGAGCUCUAUAUUACGCAACGUAAAGCGAAAUGCGUCUCUGAUAAGUAUAAUAGGUGGAUGAAAGCAAUGUUGUAAUCUGCAUAUUUAUUUUUUUCCAUUUUUUUUUUUUUUUUAAUUAAAGCGUUUUAUAUUCUUAAAGAGAACCUACAUAAAUUUGCUUAGACUAUACCUAUGAACAUUCCAGGAGAUUAAGGCCCAGUGAUGAUAUAUUUGAGAUAACGAUGGGUAAUCCUGUUAAAAUGAAUCUGACCCCUGCACACCGCCCGUAUUCCUGAAUAUACAGCCCAUCAAUGCAGGAGGUAUCCGGUGGCCUCACUGAGGUACGAUGCUGCCUCCUGUGUGCAGGCAACUGGUGUAAAUAGGGUUUCUCGUUACAUUUAUCCUUUGCUAGACCGGUCGAUACCAUUGGGAUAAACCUGUAUAUCGCUAGUUGUUCCCGAACUACAAGUCUCAGCCCAGAAGUAUGUAUAUAUUUAUAUUGGCUGUCCCAUGCACUUGAGAACAUUCCCUUUCAUCAGAUAAUCACCUUGCCGUAUAGUUUUGCACUCUGGGACUUGUAGUUCUACACCAGUUGUCUGAACGUGGUGCAACAUGAAGAUUCACUGAGGAUUACCAUCUUCGUUUUUAAAUAGCUUUGACAAUCCUUUAAAACAAAAUGAAUGUCCUAAUCCCGCGAGUGGCGUAUUACAUGAGGUCACGCACGUGUGUGUGUGUGUGUGUGUGUGUGUGUCUGGUACAGUUUUGGGUUCCCAACCGGACAUAUCCCGUAGUCUGGUAUGUUCUGGCGCGAUCUCCCAGGUGCUAUUUCGGAAAUGGUUUACACGAUGUCUCACUUUUUAAAAUCUAUUUUUAUGAAAAGACAAGUUAUUAUAAUCCCCCAGCGAGAGAUCUUUAUUUUUUUACACUUAUUUAAACAAUGUAAAAUGAUAAAAGCACCUUUAAAAAAAAAAUAUGUAUUAAAGCUGCCAAAUUUACCUGCGGCUUCCUGUGUUGUGCCUUGUCCCUGUAGGAAAUUGAAUGUGCGCCCCUCAGAUGUAGAGAACCACUAAUCCAGCAAUUGCAGCCUAUCCUUGUAUCAGGAAGUAGUUACUUCCCAGUAUGUUUGAGGCACUUGUUGCCUCGAGCCUCUGCGGUGGCACUAAAUCCUAUCAAUAUAAUAGUAUUGGGUCCUUAUUGGAAAUAAUUGCUCUAGUAAAUGCUGAUCGCACAAAAUAAAUAUACAAUGAAGUGUUUACUGAGGAAGCCAGAAUAGACCCCCAAAUCAGUAGGGGAGAGGGCUCCUGCGCCACCUGGUGGAGAUUGUCUAGCAUGCAGGUACUUGAAGUUACGCAGCCGGUGAAAGGCGAUGAUAUAUUGCCCAACCCUGUUGUAGAUGUGCCACGCCUGAUUUCUGGUGACUCUGUAGACGCCAUGAACGUAAUUUGGGGAUUCUUCAUAGAUAUAUGGGGAGGAGGCAGUAGUGUGGGUUUAUUUUUUUUUUCUCCUUUCAGUUUCCUUAUGAAGCUCUUAUUUCAUGACUUAUUUUCUGUGUUGUCUGAUAUGCUGUUGGGGAACUUUAAUGAAAACUGGUGCAGAAAAAAAAGAUGCUGUAACUUUAGCAACUAAUAAGGAUCGGUCAUUGGUGCAUAUAAGUUAUAUAAUGGUUGCAGUGGUUACAGCACCGAGUAUCACAAAUCCCCCAGCUGUGGGUAUUCAGGCUGGAAUUAUUCCUGAGAUGGAUUUCUCGUUACCUGGAAAGAGAAGUCCUGAGGACUGUUAGUGUAGCCCAGCGACUCCGUAUCCUUAGUGAUCGGAAUCCUUAAUUCCUCUUUGUAUUACAGACUGGCAGAGGGUACCACACCACCCCCAUGUGCCAGUACUUAAUAUGGACUUCGAGGCACGGCAACCCCAAAAUGAGACUUGUUUAAUUGAGCAUAAAGGUCCUUCCAAAUUAUUAUUGUGUUAAAAGACUGUGAUGCACCAGGGGAGGGUGUCGGAGGCGGAUGCGCCCCAGUGCUUUUACUUGCAAGCAAAUGGUGGUGAAGCACGCAAUAGGGAGCGUUCGGUCACAUGGGAAAGAUUGACAUGGGCGCUCUGGAGGGACAUAAAUGUACGAAGACAAAGCAGUGGUAUUCUGAGCGAGGAGCUAUGGCGCAGACUUUGCACCAAUGUUAGUGAAUACCUAGAACGAGGAGCUAAUCCACUAGAUUUCUCCGUUACCAGGGAACAAUAUGGAACCAUUCGGUUAGAGUGCCUUGAUCCAGCGUCACAGCGGCCGUUCAUGCCCUAUCUCCAGCAUUGUCAGAGAUGUCUUUUAUGUGUUCCUGUGGUUCAUACCGGAGGUAGCCAAUUUAUAUGCUCUAUCUCACACUAAUAGCAACAUGGCUGAGGCAUGAGGCACUGCGGUGGCUCUGGAUAAUAUUAAGUCCAGAGAUAGCUGCCUCCAUCAGGAGUAGGCGCGGAGUCCACUGGGGUACUUGUAUUUGGGGGUAAGAGCAGAUCUGCCCUCUACUCAUUUUGUGGGGGGUAAUUAAUCCGCUUUUCUCACUUUGAUAUUAAGCUUUUUUUUUUCUAACUAAAUAAUAGUUGAAAUUGUCUUUAUUCUACCGUAUUAUGAUCCCGCUGUUGUACGGAUCCUUCUACUUUCUACUGUCAGUAUAAUAUAAGAACAAUCUACAUUUAUACCUGGCAAAACUUUUCAUGUAUUCACUUAUGGCAGAACCUGCCCCAGUUUAGUCUAAUUCCGGCCUUUUCUACCAUUUAUACAGUGCCAUGUUUUAUACGAUGAAAGUGGAUCAAAUGCUUUAUACAAUCUUGUAAAUGACAAAUGUUGUUUUUUUUGUAUUUCCUGCAGAUAAUUACAUGUAUAACGAUAUAAUUGUUUUGAAUGUUUGAUAUUAAAACUGUGCAUAGAGGAACACCAAAGCCCUGCCACAUUAUAACCAGGGAAGGAAAGAUGGCGGAAGGCCGCGCGUCCUGCGUCGUUAGUAACAUUGAGAGUAAUAGGCCCUACACACUGGGCGACAUGAGUGAAAGAUAUGAACGAUCUCGUUCAUUAAUGAACGAGAUACCGUUCAUAUCUUUCAGUGUGGAGUCACCAACGAUGAAAGAUGUGCGGCCCCGCGCUCGUUCAUCGCUGGUGCCCCGUCGCUUGUGCAUGCAGGUCAAUAUGGACGAUCUCGUCCAUAUUUGCCUGCACUGCUAUGGAGCCGGGUGACGGGGGAAGUGAAGAAACGUCACUGCUCCCCCGCCGCCGGGUCGGCCGUAUCCGCCGUCGGGUAGCUCAGCGGCGCAUCGCGCAGUGUGUAGGGCCAUUAAGACGCCAGUUGCAUAACUAGAGGUGGGUCUGGUACUUGUAGUUCCACAGCUACCUUCUGCUGCUGCUGCCCCAUUCAAUUCUUCCUUUCAUAAUGCACUUUUUGAGUAUGAAAUCUAUCCAGGCCCAUUUUACUGCUUUAAUAACUUUGCUUAAAAUACUAAAUAAAGAAAGAAAAUGAAUGUAAUUGUUCCUUUCUCACCCGCUGUAAUGAGGCUGACUGUAACGGAGCAGCUAGUCGCUGACCGCCUUACCUGGAGAGAGUGGAAGCGUCCGCACGGUGUUCCAGGGUUUUGUGCUCUCUGCGCAGGUUGUGGUUAAACGGCUUCUGAUUUCCGCAUGAAAGAAUGAUGAGAUUUAUGUUGUUUAUACUACAAAUAAACAUAUUUUUCUUUAUGACAA